AGGAGCCCGCCCGACGAGCAAGCAAGCAGCUGUCCGAGGCCCACAGCCUUAGCUCAGCCCGCCCGGUAUAUACGACCCUAGUCGCGACGACGAGCAGACGAGCAGCGGCAGCGGCAGCCACACGGCGGUGGCACUUCCCUGACCAGCGCAACUCCGAGCGAGCGGCAGCGGCGGCCCGGCGCGCGGCGCCACAAGGCAGGAAAAGUGGGGACCGCGACGACGGGCGUCUCCUCCUCCUCUCUGCUGCGAGGUGGUGGUGGGGGCGGCGCGGGGCGGCGGCGCAGCGGCGGCGCGGUGUGGCACCGGCUGGACCGCAGUGCGCUCGCGGCAGCGGCCGGCUCCGGAGGUGCACCGGAAAGUGACCGGAAGUGGACCGGAAGUCGACCGGACGCCGAGCAGCAUCAGCAGCGAUGCUGAUCGAGAACAACGCCCCGACCCACACGCCCGCCCUGGCCAGCGCCGAGGACCCCAAGAUGAAGGACGUCGCCCUGCCGCCGCCGCUGCCCGAAGUGAACGGCAACCGGACCAAGACCGAUGACGUCGAGGGCGGGCUGCUUGUCCAGCCCCAGCUGCAGCAGGCUCAGUGCGCCAGCAGCGCGGGCGCGAGGCGCAGCACCACCCUCCUCGUCUGCCGCCGCGUGGCCGUCACCGCCGCCAUGGUGCUCCUCGUCGUCGUCCUGGCCUCGCUGUCGGCCUUCUUCCUCGGCUGGGCGUCGCUGGUGCAGAUGCUGCUGGUCGCGGGCGCCGUGUACCUGUGCACGGGGCGGCGCUACCGCUGGUUCUACGUCGCCGCCAAGACGGCGCCCCGAGACAUCAGGGCCUUCUCCCGUUUCCUUCGCGUGCAAUGGAUGAUGCACGGCCACGCCAAACGGAACGUCACGGUCGCAGAAAUCUUCCAGGAGAUGGCCGCCAAGUAUCCGGAUAAGGUGUGCUUGAAGUGUGAGGAGUCGGAGAUGACAUUUUCGCAGGUUGAAGAGUACUCAAAUAAGGUUGCUAGUGUCUUUAUGGAACAUGGAUACCGCAAGGGGGACGUGAUUGCCCUGUUCAUGGACAACAGGCCAGAGUUUGUUUGUCUUUGGCUAGGCUUAGCCAAGAUUGGCGUUGUUGUGCCCCUGAUUAACUACAACCUGAGGCUCAACUCCCUGCUUCAUUCCAUCACAGUCGCUGACACGCAAGCUGUUAUCUACUGCAGUGACUUUGCAGAUGCCAUUAAAGAUAUUGCAAAACAGCUGCCCUCCAAAGUGGCCUUGUACAGCUGGAGCAGUACACCCAACAACUUCUCGCAUGGUCUUGGCGAGAAAAAUUUGACUGCCCUUCUUCAAAAUGCACCAACCACACCUCCUGUUGUUCCGGAGAAACCAGAUUUCAAUGAUCGCCUGGUGUACAUUUAUACUUCAGGAACAACUGGGUUGCCAAAGGCUGCUGUCAUCACUAAUGCAAAGUACAUUUUCAUCACCUCAGCUAUUCGAAAACUAGCUGACUUCCGGGACAGUGACAGGUUUUAUUGUCCUUUGCCACUUUACCACACUGCUGGUGGUUGUAUGAGUGUGGGUCAGUCUAUACUGUUUGGAAGCACCCUGGUUAUACGAAAGAAAUUUUCUGCAUCUGCUUACUUCUCUGAUUGCCAGAAAUUCGAGUGCACUGUUGCUCAGUAUAUUGGUGAAAUGUGCCGAUAUAUUCUUUCCACACCGCCCAAACCCGAGGAUACUCAACACAAAAUUCGUUUGAUGUUUGGAAAUGGAUUGCGCCCUCAAAUUUGGAAAGAAUUUGUUGACCGUUUUAAUAUUCCAGCUGUCGCUGAGUUUUAUGGAGCAACUGAGGGAAAUGCCAAUAUUGUGAACAUUGACAAUACAGUUGGUGCAAUUGGAUUCGUCUCCCGUAUCCUUCCUGCCGUUUAUCCAAUUUCGAUUAUCAAAGUGGAUCCGUUUUCUGGGGAGCCUAUACGUGACAAAAAUGGAUUGUGUAUGCCAUGUGAGCCAGAUGAACCUGGUGUUUUUAUUGGCAAAAUUACUAGUAACCCAUCAAGAGCUUUCCUUGGAUAUGUCAACAAAAAGGAUUCUGAAAAGAAAGUGGUGCAUGAUGUUUUCUCAAAAGGAGACAUGGCAUUUUUAUCAGGCGAUUUGCUGGUUGCUGAUGAGUUUGGAUAUCUGUAUUUCAGAGAUAGGACUGGAGAUACUUUCAGGUGGAAGGGAGAAAAUGUGUCUACAUCAGAAGUUGAGGCUGUUGUCAGCAAUGCUGCUGGUUAUCGUGAUGCAGUGGUUUAUGGUGUUGAGGUUCCUGGGAACGAAGGACGAGCUGGGAUGGCAGCUAUUCUUGAUCAGGAAGAUAACCUAGACCUGGCAGCUAUUUCUGAAGGUGUCCGUAAAGCUUUGCCAGCCUAUGCAAGACCCCAAUUUAUCCGAGCUCUCCGUCAAGUCGAAAUGACAGGAACUUUUAAAUUAAAGAAGAAAGAUCUACAAACUGAAGGCUUUAACCCAUCUUUAUUGAAGGAUAAAGUUUACUACUUUAGCUCUAAAGGAGAAUACCAACUUCUAACUGAAGCUGCUUACCAAGACAUCAUUGCAGGGAAGAUAAGAUUUUAAGGCAUAAAAAGAACUCUUACAAGUACAAAAUGACAAGAAUUGAAGACUUUAAAAAAAAAGGGUAUAUUUUAAUUUCAACAAUUAUAUAUUUCUCAUGGAAAUAUGAGAUCCGUCUAAGUUGAUGUAAGAGAGCACAGUACUUCAGUUGCAGUGCCCUUUUUAACUAGUUAUAUUUUCGUUGUAGGAUGUUUUUCUUAUUUUUUUAAAAAAAUGAAGCACUUUUGUGUUAAACAACGAAUUAAAAUUUCCACACGACCCAAAAGACAGAACUAAUUAUGGAGCGGUUUAAAAUUAACCGCAAGAGGCUUUUAAAUGUUGUUUCAUUUUGUUUUUGUAUUUUGUAAAUACAUGAAAAUGGUGAUAAACUUUUUUUUAGGUUUAGGUGUAGUUGUAAACAUUGACUGUUAAAAUACAUUUACACCAGCUUCCUAGACAAUGAAAAUCUAAGAUGUUUGUGUUUUUUGCUAAGCUUUAGCAACGGCAUUGUGCGUUAUGAGAGCCCUGCAGAAUUGGGCUCAAAGUUUGUUUUCCUUGUAAGACGUACUGCUCAGAAUGCUUUGUCAGUAUUGUUUGAAAACUACUUAAAAUAUUGGUCAAAUGGAUCGCUGAACAGGUUCCAAACAACCUUAUUAAUAUGUAAGCUUAUGCUGCUCAAAUCAAAAUUUCACAUACUGUAGAUCUGCCAUUGUUUUAUGAUUUUUAAGAGGUCAUGUAAAUUGAGCUGAGACUGCAAGUGCAAUGUAUGUUGAUGCUUACUCCUUGUUUUUAUUUUCUAAAGUGGCCUUACUGUUUCCAAGUAGGUAUCUGUUUUUGUUAUAGAGCUUCCAUUUUCUGUUAUUUAAAGGCUACUGACAAGUUUGACAUCAAAGCUAGAAAAGCUUUUUAGAAGUUAACUACAAUUUCGUAUAAACUAAGGUCACCCAAAAUAUAAGAAGCACCAUGCAGUAUUUAAAACCAAUUUUUAAAAAAAUAUUUUAUUCAAAGAUGAUGUUACAUAUUUUUGUGUAUCACAUUUCUAAAAAUAUUGUAAUAAUCUGUAACAAUGAAAUGGUGCCUUUGGUACAGCACACGGUAUGUUAAUUAUUACACUUUAGUUAGAUUUUGGUGUUCAAUCGUUCCUUUUGUUUUGUCAGAAGCUGAAAAUUGUUCUGCAGGCAGGGCACUUUUAAUGGUAAUUGGAGAUGUGUUUUGUAUGUUUCUUUUGCUAUUCCAGUAAAUGUUAUUUUUCUUGACUGAGGACAAAAAUGCCAAAAGUACACCUUCCAUAUAGGUGUGUAUGUAAUCUAUUCACUGUUACAAGCUAACUGUGAUAAACACCAUGUUAUUUUCCUUUCAAUGUUUUGUUAAACAAGGUGACAAAUUUCUUUCACCCUUCCAUAUUUUUGUAUUUAUCUCUUUGCUGUUUUAAUUUGUUUCCAUUUAUUGGAAGGUGUUGACAUGUUUUGUUGUGAUUCCGUUGUUUAUUGAGGCUUUAAUUUUUUUGAGGCCCAAUAUUUCUGAAAAUGACGAAUUGUUCUUUCUUGUGAUGAGUGUGACUGGAUUUUAAUCUUGCUAACGAGUAACCAUCGUAUUGUACAUAGUUAAAUCUUACAAAAAUAAUUAUAAUUUAUACCGAAAUCUUA